CUUCGGCCGCCAUCUUGAGCAGCCACCUCCGGGUAGGAGGUGGUCGCCAUUUUGAAAAACGGCCACAUCCACGCACUUAGGCCGCCAUCUUGGAAAACAACUAACAUCCGGGCCAGCGAGAGGGGCCAUGGCAGCGGCCCCGGCCCCGGCCCCGGGCCCCGCGCUGCUGCAGCCCCGCUGGAAGCGCGUGGUGGGCUGGUCGGGCCCCGUGCCCCGGCCCCGCCACGGGCACCGCGCCGUGGCCAUCAAGGAGCUGAUCGUCGUCUUCGGGGGCGGGAACGAGGGCAUCGUGGACGAGCUGCACGUCUACAACACAGCCACCAACCAGUGGUUCAUCCCGGCCGUGCGGGGCGACAUCCCUCCCGGCUGCGCCGCCUACGGCUUCGUGUGCGACGGCACCCGGCUGCUGGUCUUCGGGGGCAUGGUGGAGUACGGCAAGUACAGCAGCGACCUCUACGAGCUGCAGGCCAGCCGCUGGGAGUGGAAGAGACUCAAGGCCAAGACCCCCAAGAACGGGCCGCCCCCCUGCCCCCGCCUGGGCCACAGCUUCUCGCUUGUGGGCAACAAGUGCUACCUGUUUGGGGGGCUGGCAAACGACAGCGAGGACCCCAAGAACAACAUUCCCAGGUACCUGAAUGACCUGUACAUCCUGGAGCUGCGGCCAGGCUCCGGCGUGGUGGCCUGGGACAUCCCCAUCACGUACGGGGUGCUGCCCCCGCCCCGCGAGUCCCACACCGCCGUGGUGUACACUGAGCGGGACAACAAGAAAUCCAAGCUCGUCAUCUACGGGGGCAUGAGCGGCUGCCGCCUCGGCGACCUCUGGACGCUGGACAUCGAGACCCUGACGUGGAACAAGCCCAGCCUGAGCGGCGUGGCGCCCCGCAGCCUGCACUCCGCCACCACCAUUGGCAACAAGAUGUACGUCUUCGGGGGCUGGGUGCCCCUUGUCAUGGACGACGUCAAAGUGGCCACGCACGAGAAGGAGUGGAAGUGCACCAACACGCUGGCCUGCCUCAACCUGGACUCCAUGGCCUGGGAGCCGAUCCUCAUGGACACGCUGGAGGACAACAUCCCGCGGGCGCGGGCAGGGCACUGCGCCGUCUCCAUCAACACCCGCCUCUACAUCUGGAGCGGGCGCGACGGCUACCGCAAGGCCUGGAACAACCAGGUGUGCUGCAAGGACCUCUGGUACCUGGAGACGGAGAAGCCCCCGGCCCCCUCCCGGGUGCAGCUGGUUCGGGCCAACACCAACUCGCUGGAGGUGAGCUGGGGCUCGGUGCCCACGGCCGACACCUACCUGCUGCAGCUGCAGACGGACGACAUCCCGGCGGCCGCCUCGCCCGCCCCCGCCCCGGUGCCCUCCGUGCCCGCCAACCCGCCCAAGAGCCCCGCCCCGGCUGCCGCCGCGCCCGCCGCGCCCGCCAGCCAGCCGCUGGCGCAGAUGGGCAUCACUCUGCUGCCCCAGGCCGCCGCCCCCACGCCCACCACCACCAUCCAGCUGCUGCCCUCCGUGCCUGGCACGCCCCUGCCCGUGGCCAGCCCCGCACGCACGCAGGGUGUCCCGGCCGUGCUGAAGGUGACUGGCCCCCAGGCGCCCCCAGGGCCCCCCCUGGUGACGGUGCGCUCGGCCGGGCAGGCGGGCAAGGCCCCGGUGACGGUGACCUCGCUGCCGGCCGGCGUGCGCAUGGUGGUGCCUACGCAGGGCACGCAGGGCACGGUGAUCGGCAGCAGCCCCCAGAUGAGCGGCAUGGCCGCCCUGGCAGCCGCUGCCGCCGCCACACAGAAGAUCCCCCCCUCCUCCGCGCCCACCGUGCUGAGCGUGCCGGCUGGCGCCACCAUCGUCAAGACCGUGGCCGUCUCCCCGGGCACAGCCACGCUGCCCAGCACCGUCAAAGUGGCCUCCUCCCCCGUCAUGGUGAGUAACCCAGCCACGCGCAUGCUGAAGACGGCGGCAGCCCAGGUGGGCACCUCAGUGUCAUCCACGACCAACGCGGCCACGCGGCCCAUCAUCACUGUGCACAAGUCGGGCACGGUCACCGUGGCGCAGCAGGCCCAGGUCAUGACCACCGUGGUGGGUGGGGUCACCAAGACCAUUACCCUGGUGAAGAGCCCCAUCUCCGUGCCAGGGGGCAGCGCACUGAUCUCUAACCUCGGCAAAGUGAUGUCGGUCGUGCAGACCAAGCCGGUGCAGACCUCGGCCGUGACUGGCCAGGCGUCCAGCGGCCCCGUCACCCAGAUCAUCCAGACCAAGGGCCCCCUGCCGGCAGGCACCAUCCUGAAGCUGGUGACGUCAGCGGACGGGAAGCCCACCACCAUCAUCACCACCACGCAGGCGGGCGGCGCCGGCCCCAAGCCCACCAUCCUGGGCAUCAGCAGCGUCUCGCCCAGCACCACCAAGCCGGGCACCACCACCAUCAUCAAAACCAUCCCCAUGUCGGCCAUCAUCACCCAGGCCGGGGCCACGGGUGUGACCAGCAGCCCUGGGAUCAAGUCGCCCAUCACCAUCAUCACCACCAAGGUCAUGACCUCGGGCACAGGCGCCCCCGCCAAGAUCAUCACGGCGGUGCCCAAGCUGGGCACGGCCCACGGGCAGCAGGGCCUCACGCAGGUGGUCCUGAAGGGUGCGCCCGGCCAGCCCGGCACCAUCCUGCGCACCGUGCCCAUGGGCGGCGUGCGGCUGGUCACGCCCGUCACCGUCUCCGCCGUCAAGCCCACCGUCACCACGCUGGUGGUGAAAGGCACCACGGGUGUCACCACCUUGGGCACCGUGACGGGCACCGUCUCCACCAGCCUGGCUGGCGCAGGCGGGCACAGCACCAGCGCCUCCCUGGCCACGCCCAUCACCACGCUGGGCACCAUCGCCACCCUGUCCAGCCAGGUGAUCAACCCGGCCGCCAUCACCGUCUCUGCCGCCCAGACCACCAUGACGGCCGCCAGCGGGCUGGGCACGCCCACCAUCACCAUGCAGCCCGUCUCCCAGCCCACGCAGGUGACGCUGAUCACGACGCCCAGCGGAGUGGAUGCCCAGCCGGUGCACGACCUGCCGGUUUCCAUCCUGGCCUCGCCCACCACGGAGCAGCCCACGGCCACGGUGACCAUCGCCGACGUGGGGCAGGGCGACCCCCAGCCCGGCACCGUCACCCUGGUGUGCUCCAACCCGCCCUGCGAAACCCAUGAGACUGGCACCACCAACACUGCCACUGCCACCGUCGUGGCCAACGUGGGCGGCCUGACCCAGCCCGUGCACUUUGUGUGCGAGGGCCAGGAGGCUGGGCAGCCCAACGGCGGGUUAGUGCGCGUCUGCUCCAACCCCCCGUGCGAGACGCACGAGACGGGCACUACCCACACGGCCACCACGGCCACAUCCAGCAUGGGCGCCGGGCGAGUGUGCAGCAACCCCCCGUGCGAGACGCACGAGACGGGCACCACCCACACGGCCACCACGGCCACGUCCAGCAUGGGCGCCGGGCGAGUGUGCAGCAACCCCCCGUGCGAGACGCACGAGACGGGCACCACCCACACGGCUACCACGGCCACGUCCAGCAUGGGCGCCGGACGAGUGUGCAGCAACCCCCCGUGCGAGACGCACGAGACGGGCACCACCAACACGGCUACCACGGCCACGUCCAGCAUGGGCGCCGGGCGAGUGUGCAGCAACCCCCCGUGCGAGACGCACGAGACGGGCACCACCAACACGGCUACCACGGCCACGUCCAGCAUGGGCGCUGGACGAGUGUGCAGCAACCCCCUGUGUGAGACGCACGAGACGGGCACCACCAACACGGCUACCACGGCCCGGUCGCUCAUGGGCCGGGGGCAGCCAGAUGGGGGCCUGGUAGCCCCACCCAACCCACCAUGCCAAACGCAGCACACCAGUGCUACCGGCACCACAAUGUCGCCAAAAGCCGGUGUGCCCACAGAGCAGCCGUGCAGCGCCAGGAUGGCAAAUCCCCCCCUGGCGGUGCCUGGCACCAACGCACAAUCCCCGGCGCCGGGUGGCCGGCCCUGUGAGGCUCACCAGACCCACACCACCAACACCGCCACCACGGCCCGGUCACUCAUGGGCCGGGGGCAGCCGGACGGUGGGCCGGGGGCAGCUGAGAGCCCCCCAUGCCAAACCCAACAGACUUGUGCCACUCACACAACCAUGUCGGCCAAAGCAGACGUGCCCACGGAGCAGCCAUGCGGCGUGAGGAUGGUUGCACCGGACACGGAGGCCGGGCACCGAGCGCAUGUCAUUGACUCUUGUGAGAUGGGCGCCACGGCCAGGUCGAGCAUGGGCACCGGGCGAGUGUGCCCAGAGCCCCCACGCGAGACACACGAGACGGGCACCACCACCACAGCCACGUUGAACAUGGGCGCUGGGCGUGUGUGCGGCAAUCCCCCGUGCGAGAGGCACGAGACGGGCACCACCACCACAGCCACGUUGAUCAUGGGCGCCGGGCGAGCAUGCAGCAACCUCCCGUGCGAGACGGGCACCACCACCACAGCCACGUUGAACAUGGGCGCCGGGCGAGCGUGCAUAGAGCCCCCAUGCGAGACGCACGAGACGGGCACCACCCACACGGCUACCACGGCCACGUCCAGCAUGGGCGCCGGGCGAGUGUGCAGCAACCCCCCGUGCGAGACGCACGAGACGGGCACCACCCACACGGCCACCACGGCCACGUCCAGCAUGGGCGCCGGGCGAGUGUGCAGCAACCCCCCGUGCGAGACGCACGAGACGGGCACCACCCACACGGCCACCACGGCCACGUCCAGCAUGGGCGCCGGGCGAGUGUGCAGCAACCCCCCGUGCGAGACGCACGAGACGGGCACCACCCACACGGCCACCACGGCCACGUCCAGCAUGGGCGCCGGGCGAGUGUGCAGCAACCCCCCGUGCGAGACGCACGAGACGGGCACCACCCACACGGCUACCACGGCGACAUGUAACGUGGGGACGGGCCAGGCUGAGGGGGCCCAGCACACCCCUGCCAGCGCGCCCUGCGAGACGCAGCCGACUGCGGCCACCGGCACCACCAUGACGGCCAGCAUGGGGGGAGCAGGGGCCGAGCCCCCCUCCUCUGUCCCCCUGGAGACGGGGGGGGCAGGGCCCAGCCAGCCCCCGUCGCCUCCCACAAACCCAGCCCCACGCGUCUGCUCCAACCCCCCCUGCGAGACCCACGAGACGGGCACAACCCACACGGCCACCACUGUGACCUCCAGCAUGGGCGCCAACCACGACCAGCCGCCGGGCGCCGCCGGGCAGGGGGAGGGGCAGCCUGAGGGGUCGCCGGGCGAGGCCCCCGCCAGCCCCAGCAGCGUCUCCGCCGCGCAGCCCCGCGCCGUGACCACCGUGACCCAGGCCACGCCCACGCCGGGCCCUGCCGUGCCGAGCAUCUCGUCGCUGGCAGAGACCCCCCCAGAGGAGCCAGCACCGACCCCCCCAGAGGAGCCCCCGGCGCCCCCCGGCCCGGAGCCAGCGCAGCCAGAGCCCCCGGCCGAGCUCCCGGCACUGCCACCGCAGCCCCCCGGCCCCCCGGCGCCUGCCCCCGAGGGGGAGCCGCUGGCGCUGCCCCAGGAGCUGCUGGCCGAGGGGCAGCCGGGAGCCACCCUGCUGGUGACGGGGCUGACGCCCGAGGAGCUGGCGGUGACGGCGGCUGCCGAGGCCGCGGCCCAGGCCGCAGCCACCGAGGAGGCCCAGGCCCUGGCCAUCCUGGCCGUGCUGCAGGCGCCCCCGCAGGCCGUGCUGGGUGCAGGGGAGCCCAUGGAGCCGGGCGAGGCUGGCGCGGGGCCGGCGGAGCUGGGGGGCGAGGGCGCCGAGGGGCAGCCCACCGCCAUCCCCAUCGUGCUGACGCCGCAGGAGCUGGCCGCCCUGGUGCAGCAGCAGCAGCUGCAGGAGGCCCAGGCGGCGGCGGCGGCAGCGGCCGCAUCCCAGCAGCCCCACGGCGCCCCCCUGCCCACCGAGGCCCUGGCGCCCGCCGACAGCCUCAACGACCCGGCCGCCGAGAGCAACGGGCUGAGCGAGCUGGCCAGCGCCGUGAGCAGCAGCGUCGCCCUUCUGCCCGCCGCGCCCGGCGACGGCCUGGCUCCGGCCAACCCCUUUGCGGCCCCGCAGCCCGUGGUGGGGCCCAGCCCGGCCAAGCUGCAGGCAGCCGCCACCCUGGCCGAGGUGGCCAAUGGCAUUGAGCCUGCCCCCAUGAAGCCGGACCCCUCGGCGCAGCCCAAGCUGCUGGUGAAGAAGGAGAAUCAGUGGUUCGACGUGGGUGUCAUCAAGGGCACCAACAUGAUGGUGACCCAUUACUUCCUGCCCCCAGCGACGCGCCCCCCGGCGACGACAACUGGGCACCGUCCCCCAGCCCCUCGGCCCCUGACUCUGGGCUCCCCAGGGCGACUCGGGCGCCGUCCCGACUACACGCAGCUGAAGAAGCAGGAGCUGCAGCCGGGCACGGCCUACAAGUUCCGGGUGGCCGGGCUGAACGCCUGCGGGCGCGGCGCCUUCUCCGACAUCUCCGCCUUCAAGACCUGCCUGCCCGGCUUCCCGGGCGCGCCCUGCGCCAUCAAGAUCAGCAAGAGCCCCGACGGGGCCCACCUGACGUGGGAGCCGCCCUCGGUGACCUCGGGGAAGAUCGUGGAGUACUCGGUGUACCUGGCCAUCCAGAGCGCCCAGGCGGGCGAGCCCAAGGGCGCGGCCCCCGCCCAGCUGGCCUUCAUGCGCGUCUACUGCGGGCCCAGCCCCUCGUGCCUGGUGCAGUCCGGCAGCCUGGCCAACGCCCACAUCGACUACACCACCAAGCCGGCCAUCAUCUUCCGCAUCGCCGCCCGCAACGAGAAGGGCUACGGGCCGGCCACGCAGGUCCGGUGGCUGCAAGAGUCCAGUAAGGACGGGUCCAUGGCCAAGCCGGCCAGCAAGCGGCCGCUCUCCGCCCCCGCCAUGAAAUCUGCUCCAAAGAAGCCCAAGGCCGACGGGCAGUGAAGGAGGAGCCCCGGCACGGCCCCCGCCCCCGCUUGCCAAGGAAAGCACAUUUCAUUGGGGCCGGGGGGGUCACUGAACGGCCCCCCCGACCCUUGGCUGCGGGGGGGCCGGGGGGGCCUUGGGGUGUUUUACAUGUUGCAGUUGCUGGAAUGAAGUUCUUGUGCCCCCUGCUGUCGCGUGGGGGGGCUGCAGGUUGGGGGCCCCCCCCAGCUCUCACCGCUGUACAGACCCCCCCCCGUCUCCCCGUAGUGUCCGAGUCCUAGAGGAAAGGGGGGGCUGGAGCUGUUGUGAAUAGCAGGUCCCCCCACAGGUGUUUGGGGGGGCUCCUAGCUUGACCCCCCCACCCUGAAUCGGUGCCGCCGUCUCCUCCCCCGUGGCGGGGGGGGCUCCUGUCUCCUGCCCCCCCUUGGAAAAAAAGUUUUUUUGUAUAAACCAUUUUUUUUUUAGGAAAAGAAGAAAAACAGAAAAAAAACCCAAGGGGGGAGGGGCUGGUGGCCCCCCGGGGAUUGGGCCCCCCAGGGGGGCGGGGGGCAGGUUUAAAUGCCAUUGGGUCAGUGAUGGGGGGCCGUGCGUCUCCCCCUCUUGUGCCCUCCCAGUAGACAUUCCAUGGGGGGUGCCCCCCGGUGGCUGAGGUGGGAUUGGCAGCCCCCCCGGCCCCCCGUCUUUUGUAUUAUAGUGUAUUUCGCUGUGCCCCCCCGUAGCCCCCCCCGUGCUCGUCUGUCGGUUUGUGGAUUUUCAACAAUUAAAGACAUUUUUGAAGUAAAGAGAAA